AAGCUAGAGGACGAAAACUAAAAAUUUUCAAAAUUUACUCUUCUUGUCAUGCACAAAGUUGACGCUCCGAUACCAACUGAAAUCAAGAACUCUUAAUUCCGAUUCCGAUUCCGAUUCCAUUCCAAUCCAUAACCAUGGUAGUAGAGUCCAUUAGAAAACUCACAAUUUGGCACACCCCCACUUUCCACCCCAUCAUCAACCACGAAGAACUCGAUCACAUCUUGUCUACUCUCGGCUUCCUCCCUCUACCACCCGCUCCCACCGCCACAACAGCUGAUGCACCCGUCUGGAAAGAAUACUCGUUUCCUGCCGCGAGACUUUAUCUCAAGGGAUCUUCGUCCCCUCCUCGCCCCCGCCUUCCAUAUCCAAGAAUCGACGGCUUGCAUGUGAACACUUAUCGUUCGUUCUUGGAAUCUGUUGAUGUUUACCUCUGUAUGGACAAUAUUUCUGAUCUUUUUCAUAUUCGGGGAAUGCCAUUGUGCCAUGCUCAUGACAGACACCAGAAGUGGGUGCCAAUGACUGAAGACGACUUGGUGUAUGUGUACAGAGAGGGAAUGGACUUGACAACCGCAGACAACAAUGCCAAUGAGGAUCACAUCAGAUCGACUGGAUAGUACUGUAGUUGUGUAAGAACGUAGUUCACCAUAUUUUUUUACCCGAUUUUGUUCUAUCAAUAGGAGUUUUUGUUGGAACAGUAGUGCAGUACAUCAGUUUAGUUGUGACAAUACAUGAGAAGAUUGAAACUGUUUGGUUCAAAAUUUA